AUGCCCUUCGGGCUGAUGAACGCCCCGGCCACCUUUCAACGUAUGUUGGAUAUCCUCCUCUCAGGCUAUCGCUGGAAGAGCUGUUUCAUCUACCUUGACGAUAUCAUAAUCUUCUCCAAGGAUUAUGACACGCACCUCAAAAAUGUGGACCGCUCUCAGAAGCGACUCCCACGGACCCAGACCGAGCUGCGCUCAUUCUUGGGAAUGUGUAAUGUCUACCGACGUUUCAUCGAUCAUUUCGCUAAGAUAGCGGCGCCCCUUACGGCUAUGCUCCGAAAAGGAGGGCCGGAUGUCCUUCCCAAUCUGGAUAAAGAGCAGACCACGGCCUUCCAGACACUGAAGGAGUGCCUAAUUUCGCCACCAGUCUUAAAACUCCCAAGACUGGGGCGCCCCUACUCGCUGGAUACGGAUGCAUCAGACGCUCAGUUGGGCUGCACACUACUGCAGACCCACGAGGAUGGACACCGAUACCCUGUCGGGUAUUGGUCACGCACGCUCUCGUCAGCGGAAUGCAACUACUCGACAACCGAGAAGGAAUGCCUCGCCAUCGUAUGGGCGGUACAGACGCUCCGCCCAUACCUGGAAAGGGAGCGGUUCACGGUCAACUCCGACCACCACUCCCUGCGGAGGCUGAUGAACCUCGCCGAUGCCAGUGGCCGACUUGCCCGGUGGCGCUUGCGCCUUGCCGAAUAUGACUCCGAUGUAACUUACGUGAAGGGAAUCAAGAACUGCCUCGCCGAUGCGCUGAGCCGUAUCCCAUCUACGGGGGGUACGACUGUCCCGAUCGACGAAGAAAUUCCUUGCUACUCCGUCAUGAAUUUCGACGAUGAGCCUCAGCAUCACGAGGAGACCUACGACCCCACCGACGAGGUGACUUCCCGUCUUGAGAAGGGGGAGGGGUUCGCUGAAUUGCGCCGGUCCCGAUUCUUCGUGAAUCAGGAACGGCUGGUCUGCCGGAAAGCCCACCUCGACGGCGUGGAACAGAUCGUAGUACCCACAACCCUCCGGGAAAGGUUGUUGUACUUGUCGCAUUAUCCCGCCACCUCCGGUCACCUGGGAGGCAGGCGAUUGUUCUAUACGCUAAGACAGCGGUUCUAUUGGCCAAGCAUGUCGGUGGACUCCUACUCGACCGUAAGAAUGUGUCCCGACUGCGCGAAGGCACGCAUCAAUCUGCGGAAGCACAACUCUGAGUUGAAGACAUUUCCUCCGUCAGGGCCCCUGGAGUACAUCGCCAUCGAUAUUCUCGGCGAACUUCCCCGUACACCAAGAGGAAACCGUUACCUCUUGGUGAUGACGGACAGAUACUCCAAGCUGACCAGGACGGUCCCGCUCAAGAGGAUUACCGCUGAAACGGUUGCGCAAGCGUUCAUUUCCCACUGGGUGUUCGUAUACGGCGCCCCAGUGAAACUUCUCUCCGAUAACGGAGGACAAUUCACCUCGAGAUUUUUCCUCGCCGUGUGCAAGAUACUCUCAAUUGAGAGCGGGUUCACCACGGCCUAUCACCCCCAAACAAAUGGGCAGGUGGAAAGAUUCAACCGGACGUUGGUAUCCACCCUCCGGCAUUACCUCGCCGAUAAUCAACGUGACUGGGAUCAGUACACGGAUGCGCUGACGUACGGCUAUUAUUGCACGGCGAACAGAAUGAUCGGUAUGCGGCCGUUCGACCUGGUAUUAUCCGGGACCCCGAGUCCGUUAUCCCUGCAACAAACGCCGCUGUUGGACCCAUCCGCCUCAAGGGUGCAGGUCAAGAUGCGCUACCUAGCGUGGCUCCGCAGCCUGAUAUCGACGGCCAGCCGCAACUUGCUGGCCGGACAGGAGCGGUAUAAGAACGAUUUCGAUAAUCGGAUACGCCACCUCACCCCGGACUAUCGGGUGGGGGAUCAGGUACUCGUGAACUGCGAGGCUGCGCUACGCUCCAAGAAGAAAACGGACAAGGACCGGGUUAACAAUAAGCCCGCACAGCGAACCGAGGGACCCUUCCCUGUCGUACAGGUAGACGACCACACCGUCACUAUCUUACGGGGGACGGGACCGAAGGACUGGCUCUCUCGCGACCGGGUCGUCACGUCACCCCCGCUUCGUAGCAACGUGACAGACCCCCCGCUGGGACCGGGGUCCUCAAACGGGGAAGACGAAAACCUCCCCGACGCGACCCCUUCGGAAGGGACCCCCGCGACACCGGCGCUCGCAAGGCCGCGGCCGCCGGGGCUGAUGGACGCCGUCAUCGGCGGAGGAACCGAGGACGCCCUGACACGUCUCGCUGGGUUCCGCUCUCGAAUCGGGGCAAACCGCCCCGAAACAGCGAACCACCCCCUGCCGCCGGACUCAAGACCCCAAACGAAGGACACGCGUCCCGUUACGCGCUGGCAAACGGCGAGGGAACCCCACGAGCCAACAGUGGACCCCACGGAACCACUCGCGCCCCGCCGCGACAGGGCCUCCGCUCCCCCGGCGACCGAUCCCGCUCACCGCGCGUUCAUCUCGUCGGGCGCGGCGCACCUGGCCGCGAGGGGCACGUUCCGACCCGACGCCUUCCGCGUACCUCUACGCGUGCCACCGGGGCAGGCCCUCCCUCCUGAUUCCUCUGCGGGAGACCCCACCGACACCUACGUCGUGCAAUCGCUAACCGGGCACGGGCCGGGAGAUGACGGGCUCCCCCUGUUUCGCGUACGUUGGUACGGGUACAGCGACGCCGAGUCGACCUGGGAGCCCGCCCGUCAUAUCGACUACAACACGGUGGCGCGAUAUUGCCGAAGGAAGCAGGUACCAAUCCCCGACCGCACUCUAUGGGGGCAUCCCGGCAGCGUGGGAAUCGGGAAUUAG